UCUAUCUUCGUCUCAAACCCACUCGUCUCCUCAGUCACAAUGGCAGCUUCUCCUCUCUGCAUGCAAUUAUCUUGCCAUCUCUAAUGCCUCUUAAGGAACUGGAAUGUUUGUAAGAGGAAUUCACAUGUUGCAUCACAAUCUGCUAUGACAGAAGAUCUGAAGAUGGUUUCUGAGAGAUGAAAUCUUGCUGUGUCUCGGAAUCUUUACAAGAUUCAUGUUAGUACAAUCCAUGAUCCUGUCUUCAGAUCCCUGCUGUAAUAGCUAUGAAUGCUUAAGGCCACUGAAAUCCAUCAUCACUUGGCGUUCGGAGUCCGACCAUCACUGGUUUGGGACUUGCAGCCAUGGGUGAGGAAGCUGGGAAGGUGACUAGUAUCUGGCAGAUUGUGAGACUGCGAGAGAUCCUUCAAAAAUGGCAGUCCAUCGCCCUCGGGCCAAAAGAGGACCGGCACAGGGCGUCCGGGAUCCCCCCGACCGUCAGCAGCCGCCGAAAGGACGUGUGCGUCCAGUGUGACUCCGACGAGGAGUGCUGCCAGAGCCCGGAGGCGCCGCCGGAUGUCCCCAAGGGGUGCUGCCCAGUGUACGUAGGACCAGAGCAGAGGAGGUUUGUGAUUCCGACGAGUUACUUCAGCCUGCCGGUGUUCAAGCUGCUACUGGAGAAGGCUGAGAAGGAGUUCGGCUUCGAUCACAAGGGCGGACUCACCAUCCCUUGCGAGAUCGAGACGUUCAAGUACAUCCUCCAGUGCAUGGACCGGCACGGCAAGGGCCUCAUCGAUGACGAAGGAAAUCCAACAGGGCUUGAGGAGUGAGAGCGCUUGGGAUUGUUCUUUGUCAGCUACAGCAUUCAUAGGGAUUGAUAGAACUUCCACUUGGUGGUAUGUGCUAAGCUUAAGGAGAGCUCUGAAACAUGUUUCCCCCUUCCUUGGAUUUCAGGCGAGUUGCUGGGAUUAAGCUGUGUAAUCCCCAAACAUAGUUUUCGGAAAAUGGUACUGUGAAUCAUGUAAUGAUUGAUUGGAAAUGCAAAUGCUUGAAAAGUUGCUUUUGUGA